CUGUGACACCUUUAGUUCCUCCGUUUACGCAAAGCGCUAGUGUGCUGGCUGCUGAUUGGUCGACCGCCAUCUUGGAUCGCCAUACCGUCGUUUCAAUUUUGACAUUGACAAAAUCAAGUAAUUGAGUAUUUAUCGAGUGAAAAUUACGGUAUUAUUUUGUGUAUUUCUCGCUAUUUUAAGCUUGAGUUAAGUUACAAAUUAAACGUAGUUUUUCCUUCAUAUAUCAUCGAUUAACCGACUAUUGUUUUCGCCAUGGAUUUGCGAAAAUGCUGUGUUGGGAACUGCUCAUCUACAAACAGAACACAUCGCCUUUUCUAUCUUCCAAAGGACGAUAAUUUAAGACAGUUGUGGCUGUCUUUCUUGAUCCCCACUAACAUAGAGCUCAGUGGUUUAUCUAAAGAACAGCUGUUGGCGAAACGUGUUUGUCAAAAGCACUUUGAUCGGUAUCAAUUUGAUAAUACGGGAAACCGUCUCCGCAGUGGCUACCCUUGCUUGUUUACUGCAAAAGAAAUAUUUUAUGGAAGUCCCCUAAGCUCCACUGUUGGUGACCACAUAAGCGACCACAAUUACUGUUUACCAAUUGCACCUGAAAGUGACGACAUUGAGGAAGCUACUGCUCUCAGAGUUGAUGGUGAUCAUUCAUAUCAUAAAUCAGUUGAAUCACAAGUUCCUGAACCCAUUGAAAUAGCUUCAACAACAGGUGGUGGUGGUAGGAGGUGGUUGCAAAGGUGUCACAGUCAGGUCUAAUACCUAUAGCCCUAGUUUGUGACCAAGGUACCACAUUUAGAAGUGCAUUAAAAAUGUUAAGACAAGAGACAGCACAGAAAAUAAAUCUGAAAGGUGAACACUGUGAUGGAACAAUUGAAGUUUCUGGGCAAAAACUUAGUGUGGUAUUCGACCCACCUCAUUUGCUUAAAGGAUUGAGGAACAAUUUUCUGACCAAAAAUAUGGUUUUUGAUGGUGCCAUUGCCACAUGGGAUGAUAUUCUGACAGUAUAUAGAGCUGACUGUCUUGACUGACUCGGACACACCAGGAUGAACAAAAAAUGAACAGAUCAUCAUGUGAUUGCAUCAAAAAUAAUAAAAAUGAAAGUCAGUGUAGCCGCUCAAGUUCUCAGCGCACAAACCAGUGCCAUGCUGAAAUACACCUCAUUAUACAGUACAACUGUGAAUGGUGAAAAUGUUAGUAAAACCAUGAAGACAACAGGUGAAGCUGUGGAAUUUAUGGACAAAUUAUUUGACAGCGUAAAUGGCUCAAAGCGCAGCACAACAAAAGGGAAACUAAGAGGGCCAGUCAAACCAAAUUCCGAACAUUUUUGUUUUUGGCAUGAAGCUAUAGAGACAUUAAAAAAUCUUAGAUUUAUAGACUCUGCCAGUAAAAAAGCACUAAUGAACAAAAAAGAAUAUUAUAUAAGGGUUCCCUCUCUUGAUGGGUGGGUCACAACACUGGAAAGUUUUGUAAGGAUAGCCAAAUUGCUGUUUUCAAAAUAUGGUUUAAAAUAUUUUUAUCCUCGCUUUAUAAACCAGGACACGUUAGAAAUUUUUAUUGGCAGAAUAAGGGCUAUAAAUUAUAGAAAUGUAAAUCCUGACUCAUGUACAUUCAUAAAUUCAUUUAAAUCUCUAUUGAUUUCCAAUGUGAUGGGUCCUCAUAGCAUAUACUCCAACUGUGAAGAAGAUGACAGUGAAACUAUAGUAGAUUUUUUUAAUUUAUUAAAAGAAGAUAUCGGUACUGAUGACAAAGAAAAUCUGCCAGUAAAUUUUAAUUGUAUGCCUGGUCUGAUUUCCUUGCCAUCAGAUCAACAAGAGCAGGAAAAUAACACAUUUUGUGCAACAAGCGCCAUUAAUGAAAGAGUGCGUGUUCAUUCCUCAGCUUACAUAGCUGGAUAUCUGUGCAGAAGAAUUUCAAAAAAAUUUAAUUGUAAGGAAUGUCAAAAAACAUACAUAGGAAAUAAAAAUGAAAAUAUUAACACAUGGAUUGCACAUAGGGAGUAUAAAAAGGUUAAAAACAGCAAUUUGGCGUACCCCUCAAAGCGUUUUCUUAUAGUAUACAGAGAUGUAUCUAAUUUGAUACAUAAUAAUUCAAAUAAUUAUGCGCAUACCAAAAGCAUCGGGAAAUGCAUUAAACACGAUAUUUUAAAGAAAUCCAAUUUUUACUGGCUGGGUUGCAAAGUGCAUAAAACAUGA